UAUAUUUAUACAUAAGUGUGUAGGUAUAAAAUAUUACUUUAUAUAUACAUAACUUCUCAUAUUAUUAUAUUAUUAUAUAAGUGAACAUAUGAAUCAGAUUGAACUAGUGGGAUUCAAGUUGGCUGUAACGGUCCAUAAUUUAUUACGUUCUACAUUUAUUAAGUGUGGUCCUCAUUUCCCGUCUCGGUUCGGCUAUGGAUUCUGAGAUCCGUACGUUCGUCUUUACCUGGUCAACCGCAGUCGCAUGCCUCAUCUAUUGCCACCAGAUCGCCGCCAGGCUUCCCGCCGGCGCCGCCAGGCUCAUCUCCCUCAUCCCUGUCGUCUACCUCUUCACCGUCCUUCCCUUCCGCCUUACAGCUUUCCACAUCGCCGGCCCCACCUUCCUCUACCUCGUCUGGCUCGGAAACUUCAAGAUCCUUCUUUUCGCCGCCGGUCAGCCGCCGCUCGCCGCUGAUCCGCCGCUGUCGAUCCUCCAUUUUAUAGCGUUCGCCAUUUUUCCGAUCAAACAAAGGUCAACGACCAAAUCCGACCGGCGCCGGAAUUCGCCGUUUCAGUUUCUGCUCAAAUGUCUCCUCCUGGCGGCAAUUGUGAAGAGUUAUGAUUACAGAGAUCUGAUCCAUCCGUUUUUCAUCGUGCUUCUGUACUGCUGCCACGUGUACCUCGGCGUGGAGCUUGUCCUGGCCAUCACGGCGGCGCCGGUGCGAGCCGUGCUCGGACUGGACCUCGAGCCGCAGUUCGACGAGCCGUAUUUAGCGACGUCGCUCCAGGACUUCUGGGGCCGCCGGUGGAAUCUGAUGGUCAGCGGAAUCCUCCGCCCCACCGUCUACUUUCCGGUGCGGCGGGCCGUCGGCGGCGAUCGGGGCCGGGCGGCGGCGUUUUUGGCCACGUUCCUUGUGUCGGGCCUGAUGCACGAGCUGAUCUAUUAUUAUCUGACACGUGUCCGCCCCACGUGGGAGGUCACGUGGUUCUUUGUUCUGCAUGGGUUUUGUGUGGUCACGGAGGUUUGGGUGAAGAAGACUUUGAUCGGCAGGUGGCGGUUGCCGACGGCGGUGUCGCGGCUGCUGACCUUGGGUUUCGUGGCGGUCACCGGCUGGUGGCUGUUUUUCCCGCAGGUGGUUCGAAGUGGAGUGGACUUGAAGGCCAUUGGUGAAUACCGGAUCUUGGUGCGGUUUAUUACCGGCGGCGAUUGACGACGACUUUACUAGUCGUUGUGUUUGAUUUUUCUACUGUGAUUGAAUCUACGGUAGCAUCCAAUUUUGGGCAAAGGCGUAUGUUUGAAAAGUGUGGAUGAGGUUUUGUUUGGGUAAAGUCGUGGUUCCAAAUGAGGAAACGUGUAUUGAGUAGUUAUUUAAUUGGGUAGAUGGAAUUGGGCUAUAUUAGAAUCUAAUUUAAUUUGACUUUAAAGUAAAUUAAUUUAAAAUAAAUAAAAUCUUGUAUUUUUAUAGAGUUUAUGGAAAUUACAUAUUAAUAU